AUAUCUCUUUCUUUCCUUCUUUAAAUCCAGUUUUCAUCACCAGAUUCAGAUUUUGACAAAAGUCUCUGUCUUUUGUGUUAAGAGAUUCAUGGGUUUUGAAAUGAAACCAGAGAAAGACCAAUGUAAAGUUAAAAACUCUAAUCCAAACUCUGUUAAUUCACCUCAUAUCAAGAAGAAGAAGAAUAAGAACAAGAACAAGAAGACGUUAGGACGGAAGAGGAGUGAUUCUCAGGGAGAUGAGAUCACUGUGGUGAGGAGGCUGUUUGAGACCUGCAAGGAAGUGUUCUCUAAUGGCGGUCCUGGAGUGAUUCCAUCUCAAGAUAAAAUCCAACAGCUACGAAACAUUCUUGAUAAUAUGAAACCAGAGGAUGUUGGAUUAACUCAGACCAUGCCGUAUUUCCGACAAAUCUCCGCACCAGAACAUCGGUCUUCUCCACCAAUAACGUAUCUGCAUCUACAUCAAUGUGAACAAUUCUCUAUUGGGAUUUUCUGUUUGCCUCCUUCUGGUGUCAUUCCUCUUCAUAAUCAUCCAGGGAUGACUGUUUUUAGCAAGCUUUUAUUUGGUACAAUGCACAUCAAGUCCUAUGAUUGGGUUGUUGAUGCUCCAAUGAGAGAUCCGAAAACUAGGCUGGCAAAACUGAAGAUGGACUCAGCGUUAACCGCACCAUGCAACGCCUCGAUUUUGUACCCGGAAGAUGGUGGGAACAUGCAUAGGUUCACAGCUAAAACAGCUUGUGCGGUUCUAGACGUGCUUGGCCCUCCUUACUGCAAUCCAGAAGGCAGACAUUGCACUUACUUCUUAGAGUUCCCUUUAGACAACUUCUCAUCAGAGGAAGACAACGUUUUGAGAGGUGAAGUGGAGAAAGAGGGUUAUGCAUGGCUGCAAGAAAGAGAUGAUAAUCCAGAGGAUCUUAACGUAGUUGGAGCUUUAUACACAGGCCCAAAGGUUGAGGACUGAGCUUUUUUUUCUUAAUCUAUUGCACUUUUUAAGAUUUGGAAUCAGUUUUUUUUUUUUUUGUUGGAUUACAUCUUAGUUUAAACUCUUCUUUGUACAUAAAAAGGAAAGGGAAACAAGAAAAAAAGAAAAUAUAUUUCUAUUUUUAUCCUAAACUUUAAUCACGUUUCAUGUUUUUCUAAUAAUAGCCAAAAUAAAAUAGACUUUUGGUAUAAAUUGGUUUUGAUAUUUUCUGAUUUAAAAUCCGUGUUUCGUACUCUAAGUUUUUUUUUUUCUUUUCAUUUGGAUUUGAUCUCGAUGUUUAUGAUAUAAAAUCGUUUAAUCCGAAAAAGCUUAUUUGUAAAGUGGAAUAAGAGAAAUAAUGAUUUGUGGAAACAAAAAUAGGGAUAGUAAGAUUUUAUUUUUGUUCCACUGGCUUCUUUGUUAAGAGGAUGGAUAAUUUUCAACGCAAUAAUGUUUAUUUUUCUAUCGAUUGAAUGAAUUCUACUAAGUAUUUAAACUAGCAAGAUUAUACAUUGCGCUGUAACUUAUUUCUCUAUUCAGCCAACUAUAUAUUUGCAGCCUAAAUCAGUUUCCAAACUGUUGGAAAAAAAUUGAAAAUAAUUAUAGACAUUGCAUUGUUUUUUUUAGUUUGGAAUGUUAGCUUGUAGUAAGGACAAGUAUUCAG